UUUAAACUAACCUUCAAUUCCACUGCACAAGGCAGUGACCGAGACAAGGGCAACUUCUAAUUUUCAAAAAAUUCCCACGGUAGCUUGCACUGAAUCGAGGUCAGACCCAGUCUCCACUCUUGAACGCACUGACUGCGACAGCCAAACUCCCCCAUGCAGCGUAAACACGGAGGUAUCGUUAUCUGAGUUCCUCUUUCUUUUGGACAGUUGUGAAAACUUAGACGAACUUCUCGGAAAACUCAGUUAAGCGUGACGUGAGAGAGUUCCGAUGUAAACUGGAUUGUUGAGUUUGUUCGUCCGCGGUCCGCGAUGAUUCAAACCAAGAGCUAAGACAAAUCAAAACGGAAGUGAACGAAGGAAAAUUAACCUGACGAUGCAAUUACAGGAUUCAGAUUUCGUGAAUAUCUAUUGCUGAGCGUGAUGUCGUUCACGGCGGAAAGUUUAAAAUUGACAUAAGCUUAAAUUUGCGAUGGAAGCCUCAAAGAACCAAACCUCGAACAGAACGGAAUUUCAAUCGGCAGAUGAUGGCAUUGACACUCAGUUAUCACCUGUUACACACCAAUCAGAAAUAAUACCCGUUGAAAUUGGUCGGGAAAGUCAUUCUUGUCCUGAAUUGGCGAGUACGGUUGCAGCUGUAAACGCAGCCGAAUUUGAGUGUGAAAUCAACGAUGACCCCAAGCAGAAUGAUCCCAGCGGCAAAAAGAAGAAGAAAAAGAAGAAGAAGAAGAAGAAAACUAAUCCAGGAUCCUCUGAUACUACAUCUGACACUAUCAGGGAAAAUGUUCAAGGUGAUCAUCCCGCAACAUCGACUUGCACUGAACCGUUGUUGAUACAAAUGGCGGAAGUUGACAAAGAAGGUUCUUUCCAAGAAUCGGCCGGUACAGUAUCAUCACCAUUCCAAGAAGGCGAACCAGAGCGCGAGGACAUUCAGGAAGGCGCCCUUUGCGGCAAAAGGAAAAAGAAGAAGAAAAAGAAGAAGAAAUUAGCUUCAGAAACGGGUGAUUUUGAUGUUAUUUCCAACUCUCCUUCAAACGACAGGGCUCCCUCACAAGCGCUUUCGUCUGACACUACAGUUCCGGAAGCGGGUGAAAUCAAAGGUGAUGCAACUGAAGAUCCUAGAAAUCAGGAGUUCACGACUACUGAUGAGACCCUCUCAGAGCUGACUUCAGAUCAACAAGAGCUGUUGUUGACAAUCUCAACUACAAGUGAUCAAAAUGAAAUCGGUUGCCAUGGCUCAAGCAUCACACCAGACUAUAAUGUACAAGGCGAUUCCUCUAGGAAGCCCAAGAAGAAAAAGAAAAGAAAGAAAAAUCAAGAGGUAGAGUACAAUAUUCUGUCAGACAGUGAAAGCGGUGUUGUCUUAGCGACAGGGAUAACUGAAAUAGAGCGGGUCAAUUUGCUGCAAGUGAUGCCUGAAAGAAGUUGUACAGCAGGAGUUGUGCAACAACAAUCUCAAAACACAAACGAUGUAGAAGCUAUAACAACCCAAGCGGAAACCCAGAUGUUAUGUGUCCAUGAUGUUUCAGCCACUGCAGGCGACAUAGUGGAGCCAAUUAAACCUGAUGAGAAGGGUUCAUCUACUGGCCAGUCACUUCGUGAAGAGAGAAAUAUCUUGUGCAUUUUCAAGCUUGUUUAUGGAGUUGGGCUAAGAUCACUUCGCAAACUGUUCAUUAAAAUCAAUCCAUCAUGGUCCAAUCAACCCUCUGAUGCAGCAGCAUUCGACAAAUGGAAGAUGAAGCUCAGUAAAGAUGAAGAAAUUAGUUUCAACAAAGGAGACAUUGAGGAAUGGGACUUGUCAUUGAUGACAACGGCACUUCUCUAUUCUAAGAGUUGUGCAUUGGAAAUGAACAAAAGACCGGAUUUAGCACGUGCCCUGAAGGAAUUGAAGAUCGACCGUAACAAGCUGCUGGGACACCCUUCUACAGAGAGGAUGUCUGAUGCUGAGUUUGACACCUUUUGGCCUCAAUUGUCAAAGAACUUUGAAAUUCUUGGUGCUGAGCCAGAUGACAUUGCAGANCAUUGUUUCAAAUUGGCUGAAUAA